ACUGGGUCUCAGGAUGUCUAUCACUGCUGCUACACACUCAGGAAGCAAACUGGAACCUUGCAUCACUGCUGUUCUUCUCUAACUACCUGCACAAGACCAGCAUUUUGGACAUUGCACAAGCCUACCUCACCCGGAUCUGCAGCAGGCAAAAAAAGGCUUUGGAUUGGACAAUGUUGUUCCCUGCUGUGACCUGGUUCCUGUUGGUAGCAGGGCUGUUGGGUGUCUGGGCUCAGGACUACUAUGAAGAGAGAACAGUGAACAAGAGACCCAGGGGCAGGGGCAAGGGGGUCCAACUGCAAGCUCCAGCCAUUGCAACUAAUGUGCAAAAACAUAAUGGACAAGCCAUUUUAGAUGAGGACUGCGGUCUGGAACUUGCCUUUCUGCUGGACAGCUCUGAGAGUGCCAAGGAGAACCAUGAGCAGGAGAAGCGCUUUGCCAUGGAUGUGGUGGACAGGCUCCAGGCCGCCCGUCUACAGACGGGCCGCAAUCUGAGCUGGAAGGCGGCCCUGCUGCAGUACAGCAGUCACGUCAUCAUCGAGCAGACCUUCAAGCAGUGGAGGGGCACCGACAACUUCAAGUCCCACAUCACCCCCAUUGUCUACAUCGGCCACGGCACCUACACCACCUACGCCAUCACCAACAUGACCAAGAUGUACCUGGAGGAGUCCAGCCCAGGCAACAUCAAGGUGGCCAUGCUGCUCACUGACGGUAUCUCCCACCCCAGGAACCCAGACAUCUUCUCAGCUGCCGCUGAUGCCAAGAACCAGGGGGUGAAGUUCUUCACGGUGGGCAUCACCCGUGCAGCCAGCGAGUCAGCCAACGUGGCCCAGCUGAGUUUGUUGGCCAGUACUCCUGCCUCCCGAUACCUCCACAACCUGCAGGAUAUUGACAUUGUGGAGAAAGUCCUCAAAGAAAUUACUGACCUGGCUGAUGAAGGGUGUCCCCCGGCCCAACAAUGUGCCUGUGAGAAGGGCGAAAGAGGACUCAGUGGCUUAGCCGGGAAGAAGGGUCGCCCUGGAGAUGAUGGAGCCCCUGGUCUCAAAGGAUUGAAGGGAGAGGGAGGACUAAGUGGACUUCCAGGUCGGGAUGGCGGAGAAGGAAAAUCUGGUUACAAAGGAGAGAGGGGUGAGAGAGGCGAGUGUGGCACUCCAGGAAUUAAAGGGGACAGGGGUCCUGAGGGCCCAAUGGGCACCAGGGGAGUCAGAGGUCUCCAGGGUUUACCCGGUCCGCAGGGUGAUGUUGGACCUGAGGGCCCUCAGGGUAAGAAGGGUGAUCGGGGUCAAGCUGGCCCGGCCGGAAUUCAGGGAGAAAAUGGUACUGGACUUCCUGGACCAAAGGGUGAUCUGGGAUUCCAGGGAAAACCCGGCCCCCCUGGUCCGACAGGGUUGAGUGAAUAUGGCCAGCCAGGGCCUCAAGGGCCACAAGGUUUUCAAGGGGAGAAAGGACCCCACGGAGAGGGGCUCCCUGGGCCAAAGGGGAGACCGGGGCUGGCCGGACCGAGGGGGCCAAGAGGACAGACGGGUGCAGGAAUCAAAGGAGAAAAGGGUGAGUUCGGGCCUCCAGGUCAUCCAGGACUUGUUGGACUUACAGGAGCGGGCAUCCAGGGGGAGAAGGGAGUGGAGGGUCCCAGAGGUCCACCUGGAGGCAGAGGAACUCAAGGAGAGGGCUUACCUGGACCUAAGGGUGAUCAAGGUUUCCCCGGAGAGCUCGGAGCUACAGGGGAGAGAGGUGUUGGUGAGCCAGGGCCAAAGGGUGAGCUUGGUACAUCUGGCCUGGCUGGCUUACCUGGUCUUCCAGGCGAGGACGGGGCUCCAGGACAGAAGGGUGAGGCGGGUGUAGCUGGUAUAAGAGGUUCUGAUGGAGCAGCAGGGAUCGGCACCCAGGGCGAGAAGGGAGACCAGGGUCAGAGGGGCAUCCGUGGAUUACAUGGACCUCCUGGCAUGACCGGACCCUCAGGGGCAAAGGGGGAGCCUGGCACACCAGGCCGACUGGGCAUGCCAGGACUACCGGGGCGGGCCAUUGCAGGUCCCAAGGGUGAUCUAGGCCCACCUGGUCCCUCUGGGCCGACUGGAGAGGCAGGCUAUGGGCUACCUGGGCCAAAGGGUGACCGUGGUAAUCCUGGACCAUCAGGACCUUUUGGAUCCAAAGGUGAAGGUUUCCCUGGCCCAGUGGGUCCUCCAGGACUUCCAGGUCUACAGGGAGAGCAGGGCCCUGAGGGCAUUGGCAUCCCAGGACCUAAGGGAGACAUUGGCUUCAGAGGAUUGCCAGGUUUGCCAGGCCCAAAAGGAAAGGGUGUGCAAGGACCACCGGGUAACGUUGGAAGGAAAGGACCCCCUGGUCCAAAUGGGCCCUCAGGGGAAGGUCUGCAGGGCCCCAAGGGUGAGCAGGGGUCUCAGGGUGUGACAGGGCCAAGGGGACCCAUAGGGGAAGGAUUCCCAGGAGGUAAGGGUGACCGUGGCUUGCAGGGUGAGAGAGGAAACAAGGGUGUAAAGGGGGGCGUGGGAGAUUCUGGGGUUCCUGGAGAGUCUGGGAGGCCAGGAGUAAAGGGUGAAGCGGGGCUUACAAGAGAAGACAUCAUUAAAUUGAUCAAGGAAAUAUGUGGAUGUGGAAUCAAGUGCAAGGAGAGGCCAAUGGAGCUUGUAUUCGUCAUUGACAGCUCAGAGAGCGUUGGUCCGGAAAACUUUGAAAUCAUCAAGGACUUCGUCACAGCGCUGGUGGACCGUACCACUGUUGGACGUAACGCCACCAGAAUUGGAUUAGUCCUGUACAGUCUGGAUGUCCACCUGGAGUUCAAUCUGGCGCGCUACAUGACCAAACAAGAUGUCAAGCAGGCCAUCAGGAAGAUGUCCUACGUGGGUGAGGGAACCUAUACUAGCACCGCCAUCCGGAAGGCUACCCAGGAGGCCUUCUACAGUGCCCGUACCGGGGUUAGGAAAGUGGCCAUUGUUAUCACAGAUGGACAGACAGACAAACGAGAGCCUGUGAAGCUGGACAUUGCUGUGAGGGAGGCCCAUGCUGCCAACAUUGAGAUGUAUGCACUGGGGAUUGUCAACACCUCAGAUACAACCCAGGCCGAGUUCCUGCGUGAACUAAAUCUGAUCGCCUCUGACCCUGACAGUGAACAUAUGUACCUCAUUGACGAUUUCAACACUCUACCAGCUCUGGAGUCAAAGCUUGUUAGCCAGUUCUGUGAGGAUGAGAAUGGAGCCCUUGUGUUGAAUCGCAACACUAAUGGCUUUGGAAGAAAUGGGAACAACGGCUAUGGGAACAACGGACAUGGGAACAACGGACAUGGGAAGAGCGGACAUGGGAAUAGCGGACAUGGGAAUAGCGGACAUGGGAAUAACGGACAGGGGAAUAACGGACAGGGGAAUAGCGGACAUGGGAAUAACGGACAGGGGAAUAACGGACAUGAGAAUAAUGGACAGGGGAAUAACGGACAUGGGAAUAACGGACAUGGGAAUAGCGGACAUGGGAAUAGCGGACAUGGGAAUAACGGACAUGGGAAUAACGGACAUGAGAAUAACGGACAGGGGAAUAACGGACAGGGGAAUAGCGGACAUGGGAAUAACGGACAUGGGAAUAGCGGACAUGAGAAUAACGGACAUCCGAAUAAUGAACAUAAAAACACCUAUAAUGAGGAUCCUAUCCUAAAUCCAAGUGGACGCACCAGUUCCCAGAGUCACAUCAGAGGCCGUGGAGAUAACUUUGAUCUGCCCCUCAAUGCUGGACCACUCCCAGCGCAGGUGGAUGAUGAAGAGGGUGAAGAUUUAGACAUAAGGACCCACGUGCGAGGAGGUAGUACUGUGGCUGUAGCUAACAAAACAGUAUCCAUCUUCCCUGCAAAGGAAAGCUCCCACUCCAACACAGCUGUCUCGUCAUCAGGAUCAUCAUCAUCAUCCUCAGGAUCAACAGGUUCAGCUUCAUCAUCCAGCGAGGGCCAAUUUCAGCCUGUAUCAAUUCCUAUCCCUAAUUCUAUUUCCCCCCAAGAGUCCGUCUCGCUCAAUCCCCGCUGUAACCUGAGUUUGGACCAAGGCACCUGUCGAGAGUACAACAUCCAGUGGUAUUACGACAAACAGGCCAAUUCCUGUGCACAGUUCUGGUAUGGAAGCUGUGAAGGAAAUGCCAACCGCUUUGAGACAGAGGAUGUGUGUAAGAAGACCUGUGUUCUAUCUAGAACAGCUGGUUAAAACAGGCAGAUGAUCAAUCAACUCAUCAGAACAAUCUGCCAUGGAACCAACUAAGCAAAGUGCAGAGGAUGUUUAAUAAUAGUGUACUACUGAUAUUUAAAAAUUGUAUAUUUACAACAGGCAUUUAUCAUUGGAAAUAGCGUUAUUUUUGCAGCUCUCUGUGUCUCUCUCUCUUGGUGUGUAGAGAAUAAGGGAAGGACAUGCCACUUCUAGAUUUCAUGAAGUUACCUUUCUUUUCAGAUGUAUGAUUAUCUGUGGACUUUAUUUACGGAAGUCUGAAUUUGUGAAGAAAAUAUAACGUUGCUAUGGUAACUGUUUUAUUACAUUUGAAAAGUGAUCCUAUACCUUACUCUUUAUUAUAUUGAUGUUGGAUUAACUAAUCCAUUCAAUACCUCAAUGUUACUCAACCGUAAGCUGUACUGAACAAAGGGGAUAGGUUCAAGCCCAGCGUUUGUCAUUUCAGGUUUACCUGAGAAAAACAUCACAUAAUACAAUUCUCAUACCUCUUAGCCAUAAGCACAUUGUGCUGCCAUUAUGCUGUCCCACAAUAUCGUUUUAUAAUAUAGGGAUAGUCUUCAAGAAUACAUUAUUUUUUUGUAGUAUACGUCUGAAUUCAGUAAUUGUAUUUUAAAGCAAACUAAAUUAAAUAGGUGCUGUAAUUAUUUUUCUUGUUUGUUUAAUGAUAUGUAUUAGUCCGUUUUAGGGUCACAUACGCCAGGCCUAUAAGUGACAGUAUGCAACUUGACCUAUGUAUUUUUCUUCCAAAGUGUUUUGGGAAAUCGCACGUUGCUGUUGAUGAAAAAGCUAACUUUGAAAUGAAUCAAAUUUUUUACAUGUGUACUGGUUUUGAUGAUUUUGUUUUGUAUUUGUUUUUAUUGAUUGAAAAAGGAUAGAUAGAUAGAUAGAACACUUUCUACACCCUUUAGCGUCCAUGCCCUGACGAAUUGAGGCUGUUCUGGGGACAAAAGAGGGUGCAACUCAAUAUUAGGAAGGUGUUCCUAAUGUUUUGUACACUCAGUGUAUUUGGCCUUGUGUUUUAGGUUGUUUUCCCGUUGAAAGGUGAAUUUGACUCCCUGUGUCUGUUGGAAAGCAGACUAAACCAGGUUUUCCUCUAGGACUUUGCCUGUGCUUAGCUCUAUUCAUUUUCUUUUUAUCCUAAAAAACUCCCUGGUCCUUGCUGAUGACAAGCAUACACAUAACAUGAUGUAGAACCACCAUGCUUGAAAAUAUGAAAAGUGAUACUCAGUGAUGGGCUGUAUUAGAUUUGCCCCAAACAUAAUGCUUUGUAUUGAGGUCAAAACGUACAUUUCUUUGCCACAUGUUUUGCAGUAUUACUUUAAUGACUUAUUGCAAACAGGAUGCCUAUAUUGGAAUAGUUUUAUUCUGUUCAGGCUUCCUUCUUUUCAUUCUGUAAUUUAGGUUAUUAUUGUGGAGUAACUACAUUGUUGUUGAUCCAUCACCAUCUCCAUUUAAAAUCACCAUUGCUAUUAUGGUGAAAUCCCUGAGCAGUUUCCUUCCUCUCCGUCAACUGAGUUAGGAAGGACGCUUGUAUCUUUGUAGUGACUGGGUGUAUUGAUGCACCAUCAAAAGUGUAAUUAAUAACUUCACCAUGAUCAAAGGGAUAUUCAAUGUCUGUUUUUUUACCCAUCUAACAAUAGGUGCCAUUCUUUUGCGAGUCAUUGGAAAACGUCUUUCGUCUUUGUCGUUGAAUCUGUGCUUGAAAUUCACUGCUCAACUGAAGGACCUUACAGUUAUUGUAUGUAUGGGGUACAGAGAUGGGGUAGUCAUUCAAAAAUCAUGUUAAACACCAUUAUUGCACACAGAAUUAGUCCAUGCAACUUAUCUGUUAUGUACUUGAGUGAAGACCCAAAAGCGGUUUUAACAGAAAACAGAGUUCUUUAAUGAAAAACAGGAAUGGCAUAAAUCCUCUUCCAACGUAGUCAAUGGAACAAAAAGAACGUAGUAUUAUGCAGGAUGCACCUGCCAGGCAGACUCCGACAGGAUAGGACAAGGUGGAAGCAAACGAGACGACAGCUUGCUUCUGGCAUCAAAAACACAAACAAGAAUCAGACACUGAAAGUAGCAGGAACAGAGAGAGAAAUAGAGACCUA